AUGAUUUGUGAUACUGGGAUCGGCUUGACUGGUAUUGAUUUAGCUACUCCAAUGGGCAAAGGAGGGGAGCUACAUAAAAGAAUCAAUUAAUUAACAAAUGGCAGUGAACCUCUUUUCAAUCAGUUCACAUAGUUAAUGGGAUUAAAGGAAAUAGUAGGUAAAGUAUUUAUAGGUCAAAAAGAUAACAAAGAGAUAAGGAAAAAUGCAACUUCUGAGAGUGCCUUGAGGAAGAGAGCAGAUAAGAAGGGCAGAUCUAUGUGCUUUUAAGCAGUUAGCAGAGACCAUACAAUGGUUAAAAUAAUGGAAAAUUAUAAGCACUAAGUCGAUUGCAAAUAUAAUCCUAAUUUUAAUCAACUUGAGAAAAGACCUGAGGAUAGUCAAAGAACCUUAGAAACAUCACCUACUCUUCGCUAGAGUAAACCAUUGAAGGCUAUAUCGUAAAAUGCUAGCAGAAACUUAGCUCAGAUUAAACCCAACAUGAAAAUUGAGAAUAGUGUAUCUUCUAUAUUCAACGAUAUAGCAUUUAUGACAGAAAUUCCAUAAGUUUAAAAAAACAGAGUUGUCAUGAUUGAUAAAUAACUAAGUCGAGAAACUAUUUCUUUCUUGAAUAGUAGUGCAGUUCCAAAUGAAAACAGAUUCAUAAAUAUCAAUAAGUCACCAGAAAUUUUAUCUAGUGUUAGAAGAGUUGGUAAUGUUAGUAUAUCAAAGUACUCAACACGAAAAGAAAUGCCAAUUGAUUAAAAUAAGCCCCAACAUUUUUAUGAUUAUGAUGAGGAUUGUAUAAAGUCUAAACUUAGCAAAGUAGUUCCAAAUUUCAAUAAAUUUUCAAGUAGGAAAGAUUAAGUCAUAAAAUCAGAACAUUCUGGCUUUGUAGACAAUACUCAAAUCUUAAAAGGACUUGAAUAAACAUCUUCUUAUAAAAGAUUAUAUGAAUCAACAGUUUUCGAAAAAUAGUUAGAGAGAGAUUAUGGAUAUCUUAACUCUGGAUUUGCAGCUGACUAUUCACUAGAAACUUUUGAAAAAUUACCAGUUCUUGAAAAAGUGGAUCAUUCUACAUAUCUGCCAAACAGUCUUACAAAAAAGCAAAAUAGAUUAAAUUAAAGUGUAAUUAGUAAUGGGUCAUUAACAGAUUCUAAAACUGUUACAAAUAGGAGAGCCUUAAAUUAUAGUAUGGAGUUAAGAAACUAAAAAAGAGGGUUGCUGAGUAUUUCAAAGCCCAACAGGCUGGAAAAUACAGAGGUUAACUACUAAGAAAUAUUCAAACCAUAUCAAAUGUGA